AUGGACAAAAGAUGGUUUAGGGGUUUAUGCUGUGUACCCUUAGGAAAGCUUGCAUACGAAGUAUACUUCGUACAUGCAGUGCCGACCAUCCAUCAUCCAGCGCCUUGGAUGUAUAUCAACUCGAUAACGAGGAGCCACGCAUUGGUUCAGCUUCCAGGAGAUCAUCUUCCCCAAAGAAGCAUCGUCAACCAGAGGAGAGAAACAAAAGAAAAGAAAAAGCAUAUAAUAUAUCUCGAAUUGUUUUUAUUUUAUUUCUGUACAGGUGGCAAUCCCCGUGCAGAUCAUUCAUCCAUUCUAUUUUCCUUUUUAUUGUCUCCCCACCGAACCGUUCUUGUCAAUGGAAGUUCAGAGACCAACAGGGAGAGUUCUCUAGCUGCCGUUGCUCUCUGUGCUUCGUAUCUUAUAAGCAUGGCUGAAGGUUGUGAUGGCGGGAUGAUACGUGCCAAUGGGUAUUUACGGUUCAAGGGUACGAUGUACACCAUACAAGCAGCCGCAUGUGACUGCACACCUGCCCAGCAGAGUUAUGAUAUCUCUCAUCCACACACCACCCACUUCGAAGUCGAAUUGAAUAGAGCAGAAAGAUGA